GACCCUUUUUGCAACUUUUUUUGAGAAGCUAGCCAGCACGCCCCUAGAUCGACGUGGCUUGAUGCCCUGAGCACGAAAAUACCAUUUUUGACCAGAAUUUUUGAAUUUGAAAGCCCGCCCCGAAAUUUAAAGAUGGAAAAAUGAGCCUGUUUUUGCGAUUCUGACAUUUUCGGUGCAGCUAUUCAAUAGUUUCUAUUUAAAGAGCAUAGUGAAAUGGCAUAAUAUAAGUUACCACACUAAUUCUGCGCCGGCAUGGUAAGUUUCAUACCUCUACUCCCAUUUUACCAGUUUUUAUCGAAGAUUUUCCGAUGAGCGUCGGCCGCCCGUUUAGCUCGAGCUUUCAGAACCGGUCAGUAGAUGGCUGCACAUUCGUACCAUGGACGGGACGCCUGUGAUUGGCUCUCGACGUGGUUUGUAUUAUUAUUUCCUCUUCAGCAGAAGGAAACUUGUACAUUUCGAUGUUUACCACAUUUCCAUCACAUUCAUUUCACCUUGCAUGCAUACUGAAGCAUGAAAAACACGCGUGCCCGAAAGCGAUGAUGCGUUUUUACGCUCAAUAACGUGUUUUAAAGUGUGUGGAUUUUGAGUACCGGCUUUAUGGAGGGCUCUCAGUGUGUCUUUUAUUGUCAUUUCCAUAUCCGCAUUAAAAAUUCAUAUUUUUAUGUUUUUGUCUCCAUUAGUCUUAUAUUUUAUCCUAUAUGUAUAGUAUGUAUAACAACUGUUAUAGGUACCUAUGCAUGUUUAUUCCCUUUCAACCACUUGCGGGAGCACUCAGUCUGUUACGAGAGACAUUGCUACUAGCAAGGUAGAUGCUUUGUUCAGAUUUAGAAAAUUGCGGUUCGUCAUAAAUAAAUCCAGCAGCUCUAGGUCACAUGUCAGCGCCCGAGGCGCCGCUCGCACGUAAUGGGUCAAUCUCAUAAAGGGCGGCAGUCGCUGACACAGCUUCGCCAUGGCGGGUACUCGGCGGGCUUUGCGAUCUACCAAAAAAACACACCAUCUCUUUGGCAUCAAGCCAGCGAAUCUUCCCAAAAAUCAGCUUCCGACGUGUCGAGACAUAGUGGCCAGAAUUUUGUAUUUAAGGUCAGAUGAGAGAAACGAAAGGGGUGUGGCUGAAUCUUGCGUCGCAAUGUCACCGUUGUUGGCACAGGUGGGGGACGAGUGCCUCGAUAUCUGGAGACGCGCAUCGCUGCCGACCCUGGCGAGAUUCCGGGUUGUCAAGAAGGUUCACACGUUGUGGAAGACGAAGGAUAUGGUUCGAAAACACGGAGCAAGAAAGGGCAAGCUUGUCACCGCUAAACCAGCAGAGAUGAGUCGGCUGUUCGACAUCAGGAGCGGGUCGCAGAAGCCCGUGUCGAAGGAAGACCUGAAAUUCCUCGAGGACCAGCGCACCAAGCGGCGUCUUUAUAUUGGACCUGUGGACUGGACCGCAACGAUCGCACGGCGGCGUUCCGAGGCACGCCGGGCUGCUGAGGCAAGGCUGCUACAGCGCGGACGCGACACGGCCGGGCCCAGCCGCGGCCCUGACCACCAGAACGCAGCCGUAGCCGUCGCCGACCACACCGCCGGUCGCUGCAAGCGCGCUGCUGCCGUUGCUGCUACGGCGGUCAUCGCUGCCGGAGACAGGAGGACGGGGGAGGAGGCCAGCAGCGCAGACUGCUCCAGCGAAGACUCGGACGACAGCUACCAACCUCCGAGAAAGGCCACACAGCAGGGAUCGCAGCCUCUCCGUGCAACAGCCGAAGCUCUAGACGCAAGUCACGUGGGGGCUAGGAAAGGAUCAAAAAUCUUAACAGCUCUAAAGGAAGACCUGGGCCUGUUGGGCUUCCAAAACAGCGGACUUGUAACGAAACGGAAAGUGCAGAACUCGCUGGACAAGUGCCGUGAGGACAAGCUCCAAGGCCUGGCGGCAGACACAGCUGCAUGUACGGCCCUGUUCUGCGACGGCCGCCAGGACAAGGAGCUGAGUCCAGGCGGCAGCCGCACUGUUGGCAACGUGACGAUCAAUAUGCACCCCGGCGACAUCCACAUCGGACAUUUCUCCUGCGAGCCGGGAGAAAGACACAGCGGGGAGGUCUACGCCAACAAGCUGCUCGCCUUUUUGGCGGAACGAGGCGUCAGCUGCGAGAGGCUGACCGCCUUCGGUGGCGACGGAGCAAAUCAGGUCACUGGUUGGAAGAUGGGUCAGAUGGCCUGUUUCGAGCGCCUGCUGGGCCGUCCGCUGCAACGCCUGGUCUGUCUGUGCCACCACGCCGAGCUGCCAUUCCGUGCGCUCUUCCAGCAUCUGGACGGCAAGACCACCGGGCCUUCAACCUUCUCCGGACCCAUCGGACGACAAAUAGCCGGGGACGUCCAGAAGCUGGCUAUUAAGAGUUUCCCUCGGCUGGCUUGUCCCGACUUCCCCAGCCUCCCACCGGCUGUGGUUCACAGUCUCAGCAGUGACCUGCGACUGCUCUACGAGACCGCUCGAGCGGUCGUGACGGAGGACGACGUCCCACCACGGGUGGCUGCGGCGGCACACGGCAAGCUCUACGCCGCCCGCUGGCACACCGCCCAAAGUCGCCUCUUGCGACACUACAUGGCGCAGGAGCGACCCGGCGAUGCUCUGGCGGCCCUGGCGGUGUACGUGUGCUGUGUUUAUGUGCCAACGGUGAUGGCCAUAAAACACAAGUCCGAUGCUGUCCACGCUGCGCCACACCUCCACGCCGAGCUCCGCCGCCAGGAGCGCUACUGCCGACCUGAAGACCUGCCGGUGCUCCGGGCCAGCGUGCGCCGCAACGCCUUUAUGGCGCAUGAAGAGAACGUUUUACUCGCGAUGCUCGGCGACGCCGACCCUACCGUUCGGACCGAAGCAGUCGGUGUCAUCAAGCGGAUCCGAGCGACACGCGAGUCACCAGUCCCGGGCCUCGUGCGGCCCUUCCGAGUCCCUGGGUCCGUGGGCGCCACGACGGCGCUGAACGAUUCAGCGGCGACCUACUGGAGCCUGGUGGACCUCGACCGCGCCACGCUGGAGCCGCCGCUGACCCAAGGGAUGACCGGAGACCAGUUGGAGAAGUUUUUGGAGACCCCGCUUCUGACCGGACUGCCGUGCCAUACGCAGUCCACGGAGCGAGCCGUCAAAGUGACGACGGAGGCGGCCGGGCAGGUCAGAGGGGCUCGGCGACAGGACGGCCAUGCGCUAAACAAGCUGGCGUGGAGGAGGCGAAACCCAGGACAGGUGGUGAAGAAGAAGUACCGCCCAGUCAAAACCACAGCAGAGAAGGAGGGAUAGACAGCUCGGAGAGCUGAAUGCACCAAAUUCAGCAGCAGACCGGGAGUCGGGCGCGCCGGUCGGGGCGACAGGAAAAGCCAGGCACGGACGAUAAGAAACUUAUUUACUGCGCAAAGACCUUGUACAUACAAUGCUGUGUUUUCCGUCGUCCCGCUGUGAUGAGCGCUGCUUGUCUGGCGCUGUGCGUCCGUCGUAUUUUAUGUGAAGUAUGUUAUGGGCACACAGUGCGGUAACUCGUGCAAUACAGAUCUCAUUUGUAGACAAUUGUCUUUUUCAGGCUGC